AUGGGCAUUGAGGAGUGCUCGAGAGAUGUCAUUGUUCAAUAUUUCUCCUCUGAGGAUGGUGGCAGAACUACACGUAGACGUGGGGAGGGAAGGUUCCAUUCCCUCGAUUUGAGCAAAACACUAUCAGAGUUGGGUCUGACCUACAGACAAGCAUUAAUAGUAAUUCCGCAUCACCGAGCUGUAGUUCACAACAAAUCUUCAAGCAGCCAAACAAAUUCCACGCAUGAUAUUAGUUCUUCAAGUGGAAGCAACGAAGGAUACAUAGGAUUUGCGAAAAGGAUGUUAUCUUAUUUGAAUCCUUUCUCCUAUAUUAGGAGUGGUGCCAGCUCAUCAAAUUCUGCUCAGGAAACUGAAAGCAGCAUGUGGCAAUAUCGUCCAAAUCCUACUCUGCAGAAUAACCUCAGGGACGCAGGGGGUCCUUACACUGUUCAUUCAUCAAACCAGAGCACUCCUCCAACUGGUGCGAAUAACAGCAACAACAGAAAGCCAUCAUCAUCAUCUGGUUUUGGUAGCAAUAUUCACACACUGAAACACGAUGAUGAUGAUAACCGGUUUGCUGACAGAAAUGCCUUCUGGAAUGGAAACUCAACACAGUAUGGUGGUGACAACAAUGGGAAAUAA